AUGGAUCGCCUUCAUGUUCCAAUCAUGGCGGAUAUUCUUCUCUCCUCCAUCGCUACGUUUCACACAACCAAAAUCAUAGUCAUAGAUCCCACCAAGUACUCCUUCAUUGGAUCUGUUCCUGAAACUAUGCUCGCUCGUGUCUCUGCAGCGAGUAAUGUUUUGCAACAAUACAGGAAGAUUUCGUCUUUGGGUCCAAGGGAGCUUAUGCCAGCCAUGGUUCGCUCCAUUGAAGAGGCUUACAAGCCAGCGAAAAGGGGCCAGAAAACUAAAACUCAGAAGGAGGCACAGGUUUCCAAAUCAACCAAGGGGCAAACCCCUAAGAAGCGAAAGUCUGACAGGGCUGCUACAUCACAGGCUCAACCGAAGAAACAAAAGAAGCCUGCUAGGAAGCUCGUACUCCAAUCUUCCAGUGAUUCAGACUCAGAGUAUGUUCCUCCUAAACAUAGGUCUGCUCCUCCUUCAGAAUCUGAAAGCGAAAGCUCUGAUGAUGAGGCUUCGGGUCGAGGUGAUACUACGCCUCGCUCCCCUACCCCAGAAAUUCCAGUUUGCUCCCACCCUCCUUCACCUCCACCUGUAACCAUCCCAGUAUCCAUCCCUCCAAUAUUUCCUAUUCCAACCACUCAACCAUCCACUACAAUUCCCAUCCCUACUCCCAUAUUCACAUACACUACUACCACCACUACUAUCAUAGGGGCUCAUUCUACCGCUCCCACUCCACCCGUUACAACCAAACCACCAGUAACAACCGAACCACCUGUCACAACCGAACCUCCAACCACUACCAAAACCUUAUCUCCUACUCCAUCUACUGAAACCACCCCUGUUAUAGGCGGCCAGGACUUGGAAUUUGAUUCCACGUAUUUUAGUCCUUUUCGUGUACAGAGUGAUGAAGAUGAUGACGAGCCUGUUACCAAGCGUCAUCUCAAAGCAGUAAAUGACAAACUAGAUCAACUGCUUUCCUCUUCUUCCUCUGGUGCUUACUCUGAAGCUGCUUUAAAGGCCUUGUUCUCAUCUGUUGUUCAAGAACAUAGCGUCUUGCUCACUGCUGCAGCUAAGGCUAUUGAAGCCUCCACUUCUCAGUGUCAGCAAACCUCUCUCGCUGUUGAGGCUUCCACCAAGGAGUGCAAGGAUGCGACUGCAAAAGUCGAUAAACAAGUUUCUAAAGCUCACAUUUUUCUAGAUUCUUUGCAGGCGACUGCUAAGAAAAAUGCUCAAACUAUCAACGCUUCGGUGGAUAACCUUCAACGUUCGCUUCAAUCUGAAAGGUCCAAUCUUGAAGCUGCACGCCAAGCGAUCGAAGCUACCAACAAAACUCUGCAUGCUAAUGUUAAUGAUCGUCUAACUCAGCUUGAUGCAGAAUUAGCUGUAGAGAAUCGUAUUAUGGAUGAGCUUGACAGACGAACCUCUCAGCUGAAGAUGCAGAAUCUCAAGCUUCGUACUACCACUGCUGAGCUCAAUGACCUGAAGUCUGAAAGGGAGGUUAUUCAAAGCUCUGAUGCUGACGUUCACUCUAUCCGCCUUCAUCUCCUUGAAGCUCAUGAUCCUAUCAUCACCAUUACUAUCAGACGACACUUGGCUGACAAGCUCAGGCCAACAUUGGACAUCCUUAGUCGUAUUGAGGGUGUUCCGGUGACUGGUGUCCAGCCGAAACAAGGGGAAAGAAGGCAACAAAUCAACCUCCUCCUGCACCGAAACCAUCCACUGAACCCGAAGGGUAAUGAAUCUUUGGUUAGUAAUAAGGAGAAGAAGAAGAAGAAGAAGAAGAUUGGGGAGGAUGACACGGACAAUGAAGAUGAUGUCUAUGCUGAGAAUCUUGAAAAGCCUUUUCAGAAGGCAAAGUCCUCUAAUAAAGUGCUAGAAGAAAAGUACAAGAAACAACAGGCUGAGCUUGAGCAAAAGCGAAAGGAGGCGGAGCUCCUACAAAAGAAGAAGUCCAUUUUUCCUGACUAG